AUGAACGCAUUGGUUGAUGACCUGGAACACGCAAGUAUUUAUAGAAAAGGUCCCGAUGAUAGUGAAGAAAGCGAUGGUGAGGGUGGUCUCGGCAACCUCAAUCGUCUGAUCGUACGCCCACCAGGCCAUAGUGGAAAAGCUAAGCGUGGCCAUCUCUGCUUUGACGCAGCAUAUGAAUGCGGAAACUUGGGUCGUGCGGAUCAUAUUACCGAACUGGAGUAUGAUCUGUUCAUACGACCUGAUACAUGCCGACCAAGGUCUCGGUUCUGGUUUAAUUUCACUGUGGAGAACGUUAAACAAGACCAGAGGGUCAUAUUCAACAUUGUUAAUUUGGGAAAGGAAUUUACGCUUUACAACUGCGAAAUGACACCGCUUGUUCGAUCUACAUCACGACAAAAAUGGCAACGAAUCCCUAGGCGUUUAUUAUUCUACCAUCGCUCUAUAGUACAUCGUGGUCGAAAAAUACUAAGCUUCGCCUUCGGGUUCGAUCGUGAGGAAGACGUGUAUCAAUUUGUUGCAUCAUAUCCCUACUCAUAUUCGAAAUUGCAGAAACAUCUUAGUAUAUGGGAAAAGAAAGCGCAGGAGUUUGCUAAAAGGGAGUCUAUUGCACAGACUACACAAAAACGUCGGAUAGAUUUGAUAACUAUCGGCCAUUUUGGAAAGGAGACUUUUGCAAAAGACGAGGGAACUAAAAAGGCUGAAACAAAGAAACGUGUCGUACUUCUUCUGGCCCGUUCACAUGGUGGUGAACCGCCUUCAUCUUAUAUUUGUCAAGGUUUUCUUGAUUUCCUUGUAAGUUCAUCGGAAAAAGCGGUGGCUUUGCGCAACGAAAUCGUUAUACAGGUGGUUCCAAUGCUGAAUCCUGACGGCGUUUUUCUUGGCAACCAUCGUUCUGAUCUCCUGGGCUCUGAUUUGAAUAGAUGUUGGAAUACAGCGACCAGUUACGCCCACCCAGCACUAAUUGCAGUCAACGACCACAUCAAGAAAAUCACCGCAGAAAAAGGUCUUCAAUUAGAUUUUAUAAUUGACUUGCAUGCUGAUGUUAGCCACGAGGGUGUUUUUGUGAGAGGAAAUUCGUAUGACGACGUUUACAGAUUUGAACGCCACGCAGUGCUGCCCAAGUUCUUGGCGAUGCGAGUCGAAGCAUGGCAAAGCGACUCUUGCUUAUACAAUACAGAUGCGCUUUCGUUGGGCAGCGCGCGUAGAUCUCUGCCCAUGGGUGCUACAGAUACAAAGAUAGGCCGAUCGAUAGCGAAGUCCCUAUGUGACUACUACCGACACAUAGCGGUUAUACCACCUCGAAUGGGAGCAACCUCUAAAAAGAAGGAACCACGCGGCAGCUACUUUAUAUUAAGUAAAAAAGCAAACUAG